UUUAUUGCGUUGUGUUGUCUUCCCUUCCCCCGGUGUAAAGUGCGACUCCGCGCUCGUAUUUGGCGGUAAAAAUUAAAAUAUAAAAGAAGCAAAAAAAAAAAAAAAAAAAAAAAAAAAAAAAAAAAAAAAAAAAACAGAAGAAGCAAAAAAAAAAAAAAAAGAAAAAACGAGGCUUUGGAGGGUGGGUGAUAUGUCGGCUGGUGCGAAACCAGGGGCUUGUCUCUGCUUCGGCUCUCUUUGCUGUUUCUCCGAUCGCCCUGGUAAUCCUUAAUUUGAUUGUAAGUCCUUGAUUUUCAUGAAGGUUUCAGCUUCGUUCUUCAAUCGAAGAGUUUGUGUUUGAGGGGAAUUUUCCAUUUCUUAUUGAAAAUUUUGUUUGAUUUAUGGUUUUUGAGCGGCAGAUCUCAGGAAGGGUGGAUCUUGCUUGUUUUGGGUUUUGUUAGAUUAUUUGGGCGUUGAGCCCUAAUUCGGGUGUUGGAAUUGGAGAUUGGAGAUCCCUUUUGUUUUGAAUGGCUAGGGUUCUUAUUUCUGCCGACUCUGAAUCUGGCUUUGUGUCCUAAGGUUUGAGAGAGAAGAUUUUGGUGAUUUUAGCUCGUUUGUGUAUGUUUGGAUUCCCAAGGAGUGGCUCGGGGCGGAUUUUUGAGUGUUGGUGAGGCGAAUUCUUGUGAAUUUUGCUGAUUUAGGUUGGAUCCGGGAUAGCCGUUCGAAGAAGGAUCUUAGGGGGUUUAGGAUUGUAUUCGAUGGCCUCUCCUCCAUUGCAGGUGGAGGAUCAGACGGAUGAGGACUUCUUCGACAAGCUUGUUGACGAUGAGUUUGCUGUUACGCAAUCUGGGUCUGAUUUUCCCGAGGGCGAUGAUUCCGAUGACGUGAAAGCAUUUUCGAAUCUGAGCAUUGCUGAGGUCGGUACUGUAUCAGGUCCCAUUGGCGAAGCUGACGCGUCUGCUAACAAAGAGGUGAAGCAUUCCGAAGAUGUCAUUGUGCCAUCAGCAGAUGCACCCGAAAAGGAAGUUGUGGUUGCGGAGGAGAACGUUUCCCUCGUAUCUUCCAAUUCAUUUUCUUUUGAUAACGCGAUCUACUCAAUUGAUACUGUUACAGGGGCGAAUGUUGCCUCAGAUUCCACAACAAGCGAGAGCGGUGUAUCCAGGGAUACAAGUAUUAAAGAAGUCCAAUGGAGUUCGUUUAACUCUGAUUUGGCUCAGCAUAGUGACAGUGGGUUUGGGUCAUACUCAGAUUUCUUUACUGAGUUUGGGGACAGCUCAGUUGCUCCAUUGGAGAAGGCAGAGGAUAAUCCUAAGGCUGCUUCCAACACUAUAUCUAACAUUGCAGGAAAUGUGGAUGCCAAUAUGACGACUUCUUUCAGUUCUCUGCAGCAACAAGAGGAUCAAGUGUAUAGAUCAGCCACGGAACAGACUACAGGUGGACAGGAUAUGUAUAAUAGCCAAUAUUGGGAAAAUCUCUACCCUGGAUGGAGAUAUGACCCAAAUAAUGGGGAAUGGCAUCAAGUGGAGGGUUAUGAUGCAACAAGUAUCAAUACACAGGGGAGUCUUGAAGGCUUUGCUCAGUCAACAGGUAAUGAACUUGUUUCAGACAAAAGAUCAGAGGUUUCUUAUUUGCAACAAACAACUCAGUCUGUUGCAGGAACCAUUGCUGAGGCCUGUACAAUAGGUACCGUCUCAAGCUGGAAUCAGGCCUCACAAAUGAGCACUGAGUACCCAUCACAUAUGGUAUUUGAUCCUCAGUACCCUGGUUGGUACUAUGAUACAAUUGCCCAGGAAUGGCACAUGUUAGAAUCUUAUACUGCAGCUGCUCAGCCAACAGACACAACUCAUUACCAGCAAAACCAAAAUGAGAAUCCUUUGGCAGGUGAUCUUCACCCUGAGAAAGACCAGAACCAGUAUGGUGAGUAUGGGCAAGUUGAAAACUAUGGAUCACAAGUCCUUAGUGGUCAAGACCAAGUUGGGGACUGGGCUGGGUCUACAAGUAAUUAUGCUCAGAAAAAUACAAAUAUAUUUCAAUCUGGGGCUGUCACUAAGAGCGAGUCUGCAUUUGGUUUUACUGAUAACCAGCAAUCUAAAAAUCUUUAUGGUUCAAGUGGUCAUGUAAAUAACUAUGUGGAUAAAAAAUUGGGGUUUAUGCCAACUGGAACAGUUUCUUCAUAUGAGCAGUCAACUCACAACUAUGAUGGAAGUAAUGGGUUUACUGGGUUUCAGAGCUUUGUUCCAUCUGACAACUUCUCCCAUCAGUUUAAACAGAUGGAAGCAGAGAAGGGCCAACAGAUCAAUUCCUCGCAUGAUUACUAUGGCAACCAGAAAUCAGGAAAUCUUUCACAGCAGCAUUUUCAUGCAGGCAAUCAGCUUUCCUAUGCCGCCAAAGAAGGGAGGUCAUCUGCAGGCCGUCCUCCUCAUGCCCUUGUUACUUUUGGUUUUGGUGGAAAACUCAUUGUCAUGAAAAAUAACAGCUCUUUUGUCACCAAUUCAGCUUUUGCAAGCCAGGACUCUGUAGGAGAUUCAAUUUCUAUUCACAACUUGAUGGAAGUUGUCAUGGACAAAAUUGAUACAAGCAGCAUGGGAUUUGGUGCUUGUGAUUAUUUCCGUAGUCUGUGCCAACAGUCUUUUCCUGGACCAUUGGUUGGUGGGAAUGUUGGAAGUAAAGAAUUGAAUAAAUGGAUUGAUGAGAGAAUUGCAAACUGUGAGACCCCCCACAUAGACUACAGAAAAGGCGAGCUUUUGAGAUUGCUUUUCUCUUUAUUGAAAAUAGCUUGCCAGCAUUAUGGAAAACUCCGAUCUCCUUUUGGCACUGACCCAACUUUGAAGGAAAAUGAUAGCCCAGAAUCAGCAGUGGCUAAGCUUUUUGCAUCCGCUAAAAGAAAUAAUGCCCAAUUAAGUGGGUAUGGAGUCCAUACUCACUGUUUACAGAACUUGCCUUCUGAAGGACAGAUACGGGCAACUGCGGUUGAGGUACAGAAUCUUCUUGUUUCUGGUAAAACAAAAGAGGCUCUCCAAUGUGCACAAGAAGGUCAGUUGUGGGGACCUGCACUUGUUCUUGCAGCACAACUUGGCGACCAGUCUUAUGUUGAUACUGUGAAAAAAAUGGCACACCACCAGUUAGUAGCAGGAUCGCCCUUACGGACAUUAUGCCUGCUAAUUGCAGGCCAACCGGCCGAUGUAUUUUCCGCAGACAGUACAAGUGGUGUUCCACCUGGUGUUGGGCAUAUAUCACAACAGCCUGCUCAGAUUGGAUCCAAUUGUAUGCUAGAUGACUGGGAAGAAAAUUUGGCCAUCAUAACUGCGAACCGAACAAAAGGUGAUGAGCUUGUAAUUAUUCAUCUUGGAGAUUGCCUGUGGAAAGAGAGAGGCGAGAUUACUGCUGCACACAUAUGCUACUUGGUUGCUGAAGCAAACUUUGAGUCAUAUUCUGACAGUGCAAGAUUGUGUCUUAUUGGUGCGGACCACUGGAAUUUCCCUCGAACCUAUGCUAGUCCUGAGGCUAUUCAGAGGACAGAACUAUACGAGUAUUCAAAGGUGCUUGGAAAUUCACAGUCUGUUCUGCUACCAUUUCAGCCAUAUAAGCUUAUCUAUGCCCAUAUGCUGGCUGAAGUGGGGAAAGUUUCAGAUGCAUUGAAGUAUUGCCAAGCAAUAUUGAAGUCAUUGAAAACUGGCCGAGCUCCUGAAGUGGAUAGUUGGAGACAAUUAGUAUCAUCUCUUGAGGAGCGCAUUAAAACCCAUCAGCAGGGUGGAUACGGCACAAACUUGGCUCCUGCAAAACUUGUGGGUAAAUUGCUCCCUUUCAUUGAUAGAUCCAUUCAUCGCAUGAUUGGGGCCCCACCACCACCAGCCCAGUCAACAAGCCAGAGCAGCUUUCAGAGUAAUGAGCAUGAUAGCCACCCACUAGGUCCUAGAGUAGCCAACAGUCAGUCAACAAUGGCCAUGUCAUCAUUAAUGCCCUCAGCAUCAAUGGAGCCUAUAAGCGAAUGGGCAGGUGAUGGCAAUAGAAUGAUAAUGCAUAAUAGAAGCAUUUCAGAGCCAGACUUUGGUAGAAGUCCAAGACAGGGUCAGGUCAAUCAAUCAAAGGAAGCAGCCGCCUCUGAUGCACAAAGCAAAGCAUCGGUCUCAGGUGCACCAUCUCGCUUUGGACGUUUUGGAUCACAGAUCCUACAGAAGACCAUGGGCUGGGUCUCAAGAUCCCGCCCUGAUCGACAGGCAAAAUUGGGUGAAAAGAAUAAAUUCUAUUAUGAUGAGAAGCUUAAGCGGUGGGUAGAGGAAGGCACUGAACCUCCAUCUGAAGAAGCAGCUUUACCACCCCCACCACCAACUUCUGUCUUCCAGAAUGGGAUGUCAGAUUACAACAUAAGAGAUGCAUUCAAGAGUGAAAGCUUGCCAGCUGAUGAAAUGCCAGAAACCAAAAGCCCAACUCCCUUAGAACGGAGUCCAGGGAUCCCACCCAUCCCACCCAGCUCUAACCAAUUUUCAGCUCGUGGGCGUAUGGGUGUUCGAUCAAGGUACGUUGACACCUUCAACAAGAGUGGUGCCUCCACAGCCAAAUUCCAGUCACCAUCUGUUCCAGCUGCAAAACCAGGUGGUGCAAGUGCCAAGUUUUUUAUCCCCACUCCUGUAGCUUCAGGAGAACAGACAAUAGAUACAAUAGACAAGAGCACACCAGAGGCUGUUAUAGCUGAAGAUGAUCCUUCAACAUCUGUUAUUAAUGAUUCGUCAAUCUCAUCUUUACCAUCAUCAUCUGGAUUGUCCAUGCAACGGUUCCCAAGCAUGGGUAGCAUUUCUCCUAUGGUAAACAAGGGAAUGGGGAUGAUGGGAAAUGGAAAUGGGUCCCUUUCUCAACUUUCACGGCGUACAGCAUCCUGGAGUGGAAGCUUCAAUGAUACAUUUAAUGUGCCCAGGAUGGCUGAAAUAAAACCUCCAGGAGAGGCAUUGAGAAUGCCACGAUCAUCAUUGGUGCCUAGUGAUCCAACAUCAAUGCAUCAGCCGGUGAAUGGCAACAGUUUUGGAGAUGAUCUUCAUGAAGUGGAACUGUGAGCCAGCAUAAAAAACUUGUGAUUCUCCAAUUUUGCUUCUCAUGACGACCAUUGCAUCAAUCAGCACUUAACCCCCAUCCUCUACCCCAAGAGCUAGGAGGCGGCAGUGGAUUUUGAUUCCCUGCAGGGAACAUAAGUAUGGAAUUAUGUUUGAUCAAAUGCACUUGCAACAGUUUCCUACUACGUCGGGGUUAUAAUGUUUCAGGAGGCCCUCCCUAUGUAUGGAGGGAGCUAGUGUCCUUUUUCCAAAGCAAAAGGACGUCUAGGCACUAUUGUACAGUUCAUUUGUUGAUUUAUUUGACAGAACUCCGAUAAUUGUUGAGGUAGUCCUCGAGGAAGAUGGAAGAGAGUCUAAGAAUAGCAACCCCCCUCCGAUUUCUCGUGGAGUGAAAGAAAAAUAAGAUGUUCCUCCUGUCCUUUUGGUUUUGCAUUUCUUUUUUUUCAUAUAUAUAUAUAUAUAUGACAAUGAAGUAUGUUGAUUAAUAGAGGGAAUUUAGACCAUAGAAAGCCCAGAA